UCGCGAGGAGAGAGAGAGAGAGAGAGAGAGAGAGAGAGAGAGAUCAGCAGCAGAGCAGCGUCUAAAAAUCCAGGACCAGCAGCAUGAAAACAUUUCGUUUUAACAUUUAGAUUUACCCCAUCCGAACAUUUAUUUAACUUCUAGAAUAAUUUUAAUGAAUUCACGUCGAAACAGCCCUGAUGUAAACGUUUGCCAAGCGGAAGUUCGCGCUGUAGGAAAUCGGAAAAAGUCGAAAGAGUGAGAAAUAUCUCAUAAUCGUUUAUCUUGCUGUGCAGCGAGAGAGUAUUUUGAAAAUGGACACUCACGUUAAGGAGGGACAACUGUACGUCCAGCAUCAGAAGUUUGGAAAGAAAUGGAAGAAGAACUGGUUUGUACUCUACCCAGCGAGUCAAAACGGCAUUGCACGACUUGAGUUUUAUGAUUGCUCGGGCAGCGCUAGUGAUAAACCUAGCACUAAAAAAAUGGACAAGAAGAUCAUUCGUCUGUCCGAAUGCAUCAGCAUACUUCCUGCUGUCACUGAAACUUGCCCCAAAGAAAACAUGGCUGCCUUCUGUGUGGAGACCAAUGACAAGACGUACGUCUUUGCAGCUGAGAAAAAUAUGACCAACGAGUGGGUGGAGAAGAUGUGCGAGAUUGCUUUUCAGGGAGGAAGUGGUUCUCUUGGUAGUAUUGACGCAAAUGGACAGCAAAAGCUUCAAAUGGCAGAGAAUCUCAUUUAUUUCUCCAGAGAGGAAGUUAAUGAGUUUUGGGUGAGUGUCCAGAGGACAGAAGCAUCAGAGCGCUGUGGUCUCUCUGGUAAUUACUGGCUUAGGGCUAAUAUAGACAACCUUAUCCUGAAGGACCCCAAGACUAAAAAGGAUUUACUCAUAUGGCCCUACAAGCUUCUCCGGCGCUAUGGAAGAGACCGGGUUAUGUUCUCUUUUGAAGCUGGACGAAGAUGUGAAUCUGGGCCGGGGAACUUCACCUUCGAGACAAAGCAGGGAAAUGAAAUAUUCCACAUUGUUGAGGAAUCCAUUCGGGAGCAGAAAGCCCAAGCUGAAGAACAACACCAAAGUUAUUCAUUAGACUCUGACUGCCCAGCUCUCCAGCAAAUCCGUGCUGCCAUCUCCGAAGCAAACAGUCGUGAACCAGAUGGAGAUUCUGGUGGUAGCAAGCCUGGGUCUGCGGACGGUGUCUUUGGUAGAAAGGAAAAUGAUGGGAAAAAUUUAAAGGGCCGAAGCCUUCCAGAGCCGCCACCUCCUGUUGGUGGGACCCCGCCAAGAUCUCCCAUGCCACGUGGGUCCAAAAAUCUGUUAGAGGACCAAGGGAGCCUAUACUCGGAGCCUGCUGACUCGGUCCGUCCGCCGCCCAGUCCAGGGGACUGUUUGUACUCGGACCCGGUGGACAGCAUCAAAGUCAUGCCCACUCCUAACCCACGUCUUAGACCGACUGGCGACGAUGGGGGUAGCCGCCACCCAGGCAUCAAGUCUGAUCCAUUCUAUUCAGACGUCUAUGAUCAGAUCAGUCUGGACUUGGUGCAGAGAACAGUGGGAUUGGGACUCGAUGGGCGAAGCAGGCACCCUGCAGAUGGAAGUGCCACAGAGCACAUCUACGAUGAGCCAGAGGGACGUGCCGUAUCUGCGCAGCCUAUUAUUACGCUUUAUGAUGAAGCACGGUUGGAAAUGCAUCCCUGGAGAACCAGAGGAAUGGAGGAGCCUCAAGGUUACGAGGUGGCUCAACAACCACUGCCAGUGCCCAGACCAAAAGGCCCCAAACCUGUCACAGCACCCAAACCAGGCAAAGUAGCACUGCCCAAGAAAGACCUUCCUCCACUGCCUCAAAUUAAAGGCAGUGCUAACCAGAACAACAAUAACAGUAGCAACAGCCAUAACAACAUGGAAGGUGGCAGAAGAGGUGCUGGUGCAGGAAACAAUAUGGAGCUUUACAGUAAAGUAUCUAGAAAUCAGCCGCCUCCCAAUGCGUGGCAUCCUACCAUGCAGGCUCCAGACAUCAUCUAUGACAACUUAGGUGACAUUUGACCUAACCUUUCAAUUCAGGCAUCCUGGUCUCCUUUUUCUUAACCCUUAGACAUUUCAUUAAAGGAAAUUCAUUUAUGGUUAACAAGGGAGUGUUCAGUGAGUGUGGAGCGUAGUGCUCGGAUUGAAACCUCAGUCAUGUAGUCACUGACUGUCAAAAUGACUGAGAGCUAAGACUGUAACACUUUAAAUGUAUAAAGCCCUCUGAAAGGGCUUGUACUGGCACAUGCCAGAUUUUUGCACUUCUUGGGCAAAGUAAUCCUGUUUUGCAUAUUUGAGUCUGUGACUUUUGUAUCGGAAGAAAUUAUAAAGCACUUGUCAUAAUACUCAGCUCCCUGAAGAAUCUGAGUGUUCGUGUGUGAAUGUUAUCUGCCAGAUCCAAUUUAAUGGUUAAAGUGCAAAGACAAAAAGGUUGGUUUUUGUACGCACAAACCUUGAAUUGUUUUGCAUGGGGAUUGUAGCAAAAGGAUACUAAUCCACUGCUCUGUGUGUGUGUGUGUGUGUGUGUGUGUGUGUUUUAUAUGUAUGUGAAUGAGUCAGCAGCUGUGCUGUUGUUUAACAUGAUGAUGAUGAUAAAAAUGAUAGUACAAGAGAA